GUAGCCGGUGGCGGGCGGGGAGCGGCGCGGGCCGGGCCGGUUCGUUGCAGCGUUUCCCACCCCCCGCUCCGGGCACCGACCGCUCCUCCCCGCCUCCGCCCCUCGGGGAACGGCCCUCAGCACCACCUUUUUUUUUUUUUUUCCUUCCCCCUCUCCUCGCCUUUUUCCCCCCUUUUUUAUUUUUUCCCUUCAAAUUUUCCUCCCGUUUCUCCUCCCAACCCGGCACUUCCGGCUGGUUUCCGGGCCGUUUCCGGGUGACUCGACCUCCUCUUCCGGUGGCUUUUCGGCUGCGGCGGCGGGGAGGGGAGGGGGGGGGAAGAGGAGGAGGAGGAGGAGGAAGGCGAUGCUGCCGGUGGCGGGGCCCGUUGCGGGCCCUUCGGAGCAGCGCGGCGGCCGCUUCAGCGUCCUGACCUGGGAGCAGGUGCAGCGGCUGGACCAGAUCCUGGGCGAGGCCGUCCCCAUCCACGGCCGUGGAAACUUCCCCACGCUCUCCGUGAGGCCCCGCACCAUCGUCCAGGUUGUCCGUAGUCGCUUGGAGAAGAAAGGAAUUGCAGUCCAUAAUGUAAGGUUGAAUGGCUCAGCAGCUAGUCACGUUCUACAUCAAGACAGUGGCUUGGGCUACAAAGACCUAGAUCUCAUCUUCGGUGUAGAUCUGAAGACUGAAGAUGUCUUCCAGCUUGUUAAAGAUGUGGUCAUGGACUGCCUUCUUGACUUCCUCCCAGAAGGUGUCAACAAAGACAAGAUCACCCCCAUGACUCUGAAGGAGGCGUACGUGCAGAAGCUUGUGAAGGUGUGCAACGAAACCGACCGCUGGAGCCUCAUAUCGCUCUCCAACAACAGCGGGAAGAACGUGGAACUCAAAUUCGUGGACUCUCUCAGGCGGCAGUUCGAGUUCAGUGUGGACUCCUUCCAGAUCAUCCUGGAUUCGCUUCUGCUGUUUGGGGAGUGUUCAGAGAACCCCAUGGCUGAGAACUUCCACCCCACGGUCACUGGGGAGAGCAUGUACGGGGACUUUGAGGAGGCAAUGGACCAUCUCCGGAACAGGGUCAUCGCCACGAGAAACCCAGAGGAGAUCAGAGGUGGGGGGCUUCUGAAAUACUGCAACCUCUUGGUGAGGGGGUUUAAGCCCAAAUCGGAAGUGGAUAUGAAGGCACUACAGAGAUACAUGUGCUCCAGGUUUUUCAUAGACUUCUCUGACAUCGGUGAGCAGCAGAGGAAGCUGGAGUGCUACCUUCAGAGCCACUUUGUUGGGAUGGAGAGCAAAAGAUAUGACUAUUUGAUGACCCUCCACAGGGUGGUCAAUGAGAGCACAGUCUGCCUUAUGGGACACGAAAGGAGGCAGACCCUGAACCUCAUUGCCAUGCUGGCUGUGAGAGUCCUGGCUGAGCAGAACAUCAUCCCCACUGUCACAAACGUUACCUGCUACUACCAGCCAGCUCCUUAUGUCAGUGAAAUAAACUUCAACUACUAUGUCACCCACGUGCAGCCCUUCCUGCCUUGCAAUCAGUCUUACCCGACGUGGCUUCCCUGUAACUGAGCCAGGACAAACUUCAGGGUCUGUCCUCCAAGGUACUUUCUUGCCUUGGGGAGUGGGGAGGGUGGGGGGCAAAAAAAAAAACAA